AUGGCUAGAUGGUGCAGUCUUGGUGGGGUCAUUGAUAAAGCGGGUACGGAUCUUAGACCAGGUGUUAUUGACUAUAUUCUUGAGCAGAGUAUAGAGGUUAACGAUAAUCGCGUGAAAUGUAUACUUGCGGCCGUAAGAUGGUUUUCAGUACAUCCCCAAAGACAUAAAUUGGGAUCCCCAACUGAAGUAUGGUGCAGAAAUGUCUGGGAGUUAGAUGGCUGUGCAAGUUUUAUUCCAGUGCAAAGGAUCUUUUCAUGGAAGACAUCUAAAAGAAAACGACGCCAAUACAAGCAGAACCGUAGGGAAAGGUUGAACAAGAAGAAAAAGUAUGUGUUUAUAGAAGUCAAUAAAGAUGAUAAAAAACAUGAAGAGAGAGAUGAAAUUGAAGCAGCACAAUUGGGUAAUGAUGUUGCAAUUGGCAAUAAAACUAGUGCCAAAGAGAUGGAUAGGAAUGUAGCAAAGGAUUGGUUAUACAUGAAUAUGAUCAAAUAUUUUAAGAAAAAGAAUGGAUUUCUGAAGUUUAGGAGAGCUAUGGAAAAACCAAAAGAGGGUGAAUAUUGUAGUGGUGAGUGAAUGCUAUUGUGUAUGGUAGUUACAGUAAAUUCAAUUUAGCUCUGUGAUAGUGAGUUAAUCUACAUUACUUUUGAAACUGAGAAAUUUUUUAAU